CAGAGGUCGAUGGUCUUCCAGAACGAGGCAAAUCUUCCCUCACAUUUCAACCGCUUUUUGAUGCUUUGUACCUCUCAUAAGCAAGUGUUUUUGAUAAGUCAACUCUUCGUAAGCCUUCUGUAUGAUUUUCAGUGACUCCUAACUCGAAAGUACGCGAUCAUAGCGUCACCAUCAUUAUUCAUAAUUUAAAUGUUUUAUGAAUAAAGUUAUACCGGUUCAUAACGUAAAGUUGUAUUUUCCUCGUUUUGCAUUAUAAAUAAUACUGGUUCCAUCCAUAUGCACGGUCAGUCAAUACGUGAACUUGGUUACGAGUGGUUCAGCAAGGAGGAUGCGCAGUUUUUAUUUUUAAAGUUAAUAAUAUAAUUUGAUAUCACAAAAAAUGAAGUUUCUCGGGUUCGUUAUCGAAGCUAUAUGCCUCGGACUGGUUUGUGGACAAUACUCACAAUGUCAGAAACCAGCCGGAGAAGUUGGGGAAUACUUGCCAAUCAACAAAUGUGCACAUUUGAAAAAAAUAUUAGACAAGCCACAAAAGACUAGCCAGGAUAUUGCCCUUUUGAAGAAAUUGCAUUGUGGCUUUGUAGGGAACAUGCCUCAGGUAUGGUGUGCCAAACAGGGCGGCUCAGGGGAACCAGGAACUUGCAUCACCCCAGAUGGAAAGCCUGGGAAAUGUGUAAACGUGUACUCGUGCCGACAAAUCUCAAAUCUCCUCAGACCACCUGUGUCCCAAAAAAAUAUGGACUUCGUAAAGAAUUCUGCUUGCAAAGGGCCACAUAAAUUCAACGUGUGCUGUGGAUCUUCAUCCUCUUCUUCAGAUGAUGAUAUCCUUGAUUCAAGAUUGAGAGAUGAGAACAAAGCGUGUCAAUCUCAAAUGACCGCUUAUCCUCCAAAACCUAGCAGUGGUUGCUGUGGCAUCUCAGCUGACGUCGGUAAUAAAAUUGUUGGGGCAGGUGGUGAAGCAACCGGUAUAGAUCAAUAUCCGUGGACUGCUCUGAUAGAGUAUGAGACUCAAAUCCCACUCUUGUUAUGUGGUGGUGUGCUUAUCAGCGGGAGAUAUGUCGUUACUGCUGCCCACUGUAUAGCAGGCGUGACGCUGAAGAAUGGAACACCAAAAUCUGUUCGGCUGGGAGAUUAUAACAUUACUAACGAAGGCCCCGACUGCAAACUAUCAGAAGGAGGAGGCAAAGACUGUACUGAAGGUGUAACUAGAAUAGCAAUUGAGAAGACAAUUCCCCAUCCACAAUAUAGUCCUAUUGAAACCGCAAGAUGGAAUGAUAUUGGCUUGAUUCGUCUGAAAGAGAUUGCACCAUAUACAGAUUUCAUUAGACCCAUCUGUUUACCAACAAAGGAUAUAACAAUAUCAACAAAUAGAAAUAAUUUCUUUUCUAUGAUCGUUGUGGGAUGGGGUGCAACUGAAAACAAACAAUUUAGUGACGUCAAAUUAGAAGUGGAGGUACCUUUUGUACCACUGGAAGAAUGCCAAACAGCGUACGACACAGGCAUUAAUCGGUCACGAGUGCUUUGGAAAGGGCAACUUUGUGCUGGUGGUAAAAACGGCACAGACUCUUGCAAAGGUGAUUCUGGUGGACCAUUGAUGUACGAAAAUAAUAAAUUCUUCGAACUAGUCGGCGUUGUCAGCUUUGGCAAAAAUCCAUGCGGGACACAAGGCGCACCAGGAGUGUACAGUAAUAUUUACGAAUAUAAAGAUUGGAUUAAUAGUGUAAUAGUUCCUUAAUUGGGCCUUUAUUUCAAAUUUAAGCUGUUCUUCACGAUU